AUGGAAACUAUGACAACAAACUCAGGUAAUGAUAUUAACAACGAAGAACAUUCACCAAUGCUCACAUCUUCAUCGUCAAAUUGUUUAACAACAUCGAUAAAUAAAAUUUCCACAUCUGAUUAUGAAAAAAUGAGUGAACAAUUUUUAACCAUAUUUUUAACAUGGGAUGAACGUGAACAAUUAAUAUUUGUUGAAAAUCUUCUCAAACGUAUGCAUAGUCAUCAACAUGGACAAAUAAAUACAGUUUUAUUACCUAUGUUACAAAGAGAUUUUAUUGGACAAUUAGCAUCACGUGGACUUGAACAUAUUGCCGAAAAAAUUCUUGGAUAUUUAGAUCAUAAAACAUUAAUAGCAAGUGAAUAUGUUUGUCAUGAUUGGUAUCAUGUUAUAUCAACAGGUAUGUUAUGGAAAAAAUUAAUUGAACGUAAAGUUCUAUCAGAUACACUAUGGGAUGGUCUUGCUAAACGUCGUGAUUGGACAAAAUAUUUAUUUCGUCAAGUAUUAACAUCAAAUGAAAUUGGUAAAACACAUGAAUUUUAUCGUAAUUUAUAUCCAAAAAUUUUACAAGAUAUUAAACAAAUUGAAAUUAAUUGGCGUACAGGAAAUUUUCAAUUAGAAAAAAUUCAAUGUCGUUCACAAAAUAGCAAAGGUGUUUAUUGUUUACAAUAUGAUAAAGAUAAAAUAGUUAGUGGUCUUCGUGAUAAUACAAUUAAAAUAUGGGAUAGAAAAACUCUUGAAUGUACGAAAGUUUUAACUGGUCAUAAUGGAAGUGUUUUAUGUUUACAAUAUGAUGAAAAAGUUAUUGUGACUGGUUCAUCAGAUUCAACUAUACGUGUAUGGAAUGUUAAAACAGGAGAAUUAAUUAAUACACUUUUACAUCAUUGUGAAGCUGUUUUACAUCUUCGAUUUUCUGAUGGUACGAUGGUAACAUGUUCAAAAGAUCGUUCAAUAGCUGUAUGGCAAAUGAAUUCACCAACAGAUAUAACUAUUCGACGUGUACUUGUUGGUCAUCGAGCAGCAGUUAAUGUUGUUGAUUUUGAUGAAAAAUAUAUUGUUAGUGCUAGUGGUGAUAGAACAAUUAAAGUUUGGGAUACAACAACAUGUGAAUUUGUACGAACAUUACUUGGACAUAAACGUGGUAUUGCUUGUUUACAGUAUCGUGAUAAAAUUGUUGUUAGUGGAUCAUCAGAUAAUACAAUUCGUAUAUGGGAUAUUGAAUGUGGUGCCUGUUUACGUAUACUUGAAGGACAUGAUGAACUUGUACGUUGUAUUCGUUUUGAUUCAAAACGAAUUGUUUCGGGUGCUUAUGAUGGUAAAAUCAAAGUUUGGGAUUUAGUAGCAGCUCUUGAUCCACGUUCACAAUCAUCAUUAUGUAUUCGUACAUUAACUGAACAUACAGGACGAGUAUUUCGUUUACAAUUCGAUGAAUUUCAAAUCGUCUCAAGUUCACAUGAUGAUACUAUACUUUGUUUUAAUUUUCUUAAUGAUUCACCCAUAACAGAUAAUACAACAACGAUAACAGCAUCACCAACAACAACAGCAUCAUAG